CACCAAAGAAAGCGUUACACAGUGCACACUCUUCUUGCAAGUUGCAAUCACACUUCAACACUCACUAACUCAGCGUCAUUUUGAUUCUUCGCUUCCAAAGAUUGCAACUUGAGCGGUUUGGCCAUGAUGGGUAGCACCGCCGACGCCUUGUCAUCGUCGGAUUUCUUCUGCCGCCGCCACGUGUUCCUCUGCUACAAGAACCCCGCCGUGUGGCCGCCGCGCAUUGAGGCCGCCGAGUUUGAUCGCCUCCCGAGGCUGCUCCACGCCGCCAUCAAUGCCAGGAAGCCUCACAUCAAGAAAGAGACCUGCUUAACAAUAUGUGAGGGACAUGAUGGGACUGAAACAUCAAAUGGAGAUGUAUUGAUCUUUCCAGACAUGAUCAGAUAUAGGAGAUUAACCCAUUUUGAUGUUGAGACAUUUGUUGAAGAAGUCCUUGUCAAGGAAGGAGAAUGGCUUCCUGGAAACCCUGAAUCCUUAAAAGCUUCAUAUGUUUUUGUGUGUUCACAUGGAUCCCGUGAUCGUAGGUGUGGGGUUUUUGGACCUAUCUUGGUCAGUAGAUUCAGGGAAGAGAUUGAGUUACAUGGUCUUCAAGGAAAAGUGUUGAUUAGCUCUUGCUCGCACAUUGGGGGGCCUAAGUAUGCAGGAAAUGUCAUUAUAUUUGGAUCGAGCAUCAACAGAGAAGUCACUGGACACUUGUAUGGAUAUGUUAAUCCUGAUGAUGUACCUUUAUUGUUUCGCCAGCAUAUCAUUAAAGGGGAAAUUUUUGACUCACUAUGGAGGGGUCAAAUUGGUUUAUCAGAAGAUGAGCAGAAGAAAAAGCAAGAACAACGGCUUCAGCUGAAUGGCGCAAGGCAUUUAGAAGGAAGCACGGUUGCGAGCCGCUGUCGAACCGACGGAGAGAGCUGUUGCCAAGACAAUGAAGACUCUUGUUGCUGUCAGAACAACAUGUUAGCGGAAAUGGGAGAGCUCUCGCCUGACAAUAAUAGCAGGAAGAAUGUAAAUGUGAUUUCUCGGAUCAACAAGGGCAAGGCAGCAUUGCGCUGGUUUAGUUCCACGCCGACAUGGCUUGACAGCUGGGAGCAGGAGGAUACUUAUGCUGCUCUUGCCGUUGUCUGUGCCGCCGUGUCGGUUACCAUUGCUUAUAGCUGCUACAAACAAAUGAGAUGAUAAUAAUAAGUCACCAAUUGUUGGCAGUGUUAUUAGCAGUGGAUCAGACAACUUGAGCUUUGUUGUGUCUUCCUUUUCAUGUUGCAAGUUUAUAUCAAACUUUACUGGACAUGCAGGGAAUGAGUAUCUGAAAUCUUGACUGCUUAUGGAACAUAAAAUGUUGUAGGCUAAGGAGCUUGGAAUUCACCACUUAGCUUCAUUUGUGUACAUACAUGACAUCUUAGCCUGGGAAUUUUAAAACUAGAUUCCAGAAGUUUAUUUAGAUGGAAUUGGUUUGUAACAUUUAUUAACUUGAUGUAAAGCUAAUUAACUUUGGUGUUUGAUGGGUUGCUAAUUACAGACAUUUUUUGGUUUA